CCAAAGUCAAAUGAUAAAAACCCAAAGAUCCCAUUGUGGGCUAGAGUCAAAACUGCCUCAACAUUCGCCGUUGCUACCACUGUUGUGUUGGGUGCUGCUGGUUUAGCUGGGUUAGUCAUAUACUUGGUCGUUUCAGAAAUUGUUUUACCUUCAGGUGAUACACAAGUAUUUAAUAAAGCCGUUAGCAUGAUUGAAAAAGAUGAAAAGUGUCAAGAACUCCUACAACUGGAGAAAGGUAAGAGGUUAAAAGCGUAUGGUGAAAGUAGUGACAAUAAAUGGACAAGAAAUAGACCAAUUGCUUCAACUAGACGUGUGGAUAAGACUGGUAAAGAACACUUGUUCAUGAGAUUCCAUGUUGAAAGUGGAUCAAGACAUGGGGCAGUUCAACUUGAAACUGUUCAAGCUGAUGUGUUACAUCCGGAAUAUUCAUACAUCUAUUUAGAUGUCCCAGGUGAAAAAAGAUACUAUGUGAUUGCUCCUCCUCAACCAAAACUUUUGGGAUCAAGAGAUCAGAAUACUGGGUUUUUAGGUGUCAAAUGGGGCCCAAAAACUGACUGA